UACAAAGAAAUUGUGUACAAAUUGGAACCUCGAAAACUCCACGGGUACAACAACAUAGAGUUUCAGUGGCAUCCAGAAUUCCAGACCAGGCAAAGCACCUGCAGUCCUGCACAUGUUCUUUCUUCUUUCUACAGAAAGCGCAGUACCUCGAGAUUUCCAGCCAGCCCAUUGUGGAGAAGCCCCUCAGUUCAUUUCCAGGCGGCCGGCCCAGCAAUCCCAUCGAAAUCAACAGGGGGGAGAGGGACAAAAGGAGACGAUUUGCCCACCAACCAGCGGAGAGUGGAGAGUGGAUCGACUUGCUGGAUCAACAACCGAACUUGACUUGCUGAUCAAAGUGACGAUGAAGGAUUAGAUGGAGCAGCCUAUCCACCCACUGCGUGUGCGAUCGCUUCUUUCUCCUCUACCCUCGCUCUUUUCUUCCACGAUCUUUAUAUAUCUAUAUCUAUAUAAAUCAUCCAGUAUAAUGCAAGCACACGACGUCCAUGGUCGUCUUCAGACUUCAUCCAUCGAUCGGCCGUCACCGCGAAAAACUGUAGUAGUAGCUCUACCGCAGCCGGGUUGUUAAUUCCACGGUAAUGGCUGCCGCCAAGCUCGUCCGCUCUUCGUCGACCCUCGUCGCGCUCCUCGUCGCGGCGCUGUGGACGUCCUGCGCGCUUGUGCCGGCGGCCACGGCAGCUGACGCCGCCGCGCAGCCGGCGGCGUCGGCGCCGCCGAGCGCAGGCAAGUACUGUCGCCGCCGCUGCUGCUAGCUUGUACGUAUGUAGACGAUCGACUAAAAUGUGGUGCCUGCCUGCAGGUGUGCCGCCGCCGCCGGUUGACUCAUCAUCGGCGGCAGUCCAGGCCACAACGCUACCUGCCACACCGGCCGCGGCGCUGCCAUCAUCCUCACCAUUAGCACCAGCGGCGUCCACCGCCGCCGCCGCCGCCGCCGCCACGGCCUCGAAGAAGUUCCCGGUGCCGAACCCCGGCGGCGAGCCGUACCUGCCCGCGGCGGAGGUGGCGUCGGUGCUGCCGCAGCCGACGCCCGACGAGCUGCCCAGCGCGGCCAGCCUCGGGUUCGGCGGCAACGGCGGCCUCGGGUUCGGCGGGCCGGGCGACGAGUGCUGCGGCGGCGGGGGGUACGGGUGGUUCGGCGGGCCCGGCGGGUUCGGCCCGGGCACGUACGGGUACAACGGGCCGCUGUACUGGGGGGCGGCGCCGGCGGGAGGGAUCGGGAGCGUCGCGGCGGCGAACCUGGUGGCGCCCCUCCUCGUGGCCUGCGUCUCUGCGGCCAUGCUCGCUUAACCUGUAUUAUUAUAGUAUAUAACUACUAGUGAUUUCUUACUGGGAAUUAAAGUAACUCUAUCUAUAUAUAUAUUUACAGCGCCUUACCACUUAUCAGCAUAUAUAUUUUAUAAUACAAUAAUAUAAAGUGAAAACUUUGGUUAA